GCGGGGCUGGAAAGACAAAUCUCGCGAGGAGCGAGGGCUCCGGCCUCUCAGCCGGAGAGGGGCGGGGAGCCCGAGUGGACACCACGUGGGGAGCGGAUCCCGGGACCGAGAGAGGACGAGAGCCGGAACCGUGGAGAUGCGGAAGGAGUCGCAGCCGCCACCGCAGCCACAGCCGCCGCCGCCGCCGCCGCCGCCGAGCGGGCCUCCCGCCGCCCCGGAAUGGAACCUGCCUCCCAACGCGCCGGCCUGCAUGGAGCGGCAGCUGGACGCGGCGCGCUACCGGUCCGAUGGCUCUCUGCUCCUGGGCGCGUCCAGCCUCAGCGGCCGCAGCUGGGCCGGCUCCCUGUGGCUCUUCAAGGACCCCCGCGCGGCCCCCAACGAGGGCUUCUGCUCGGCCGGAGUCCAGACCGAAGCCGGACUGACCGACCUCGCCUGGGUAGGGGACCGGGGUAUCCUCGUGGCCUCCGACUCGGGUGCUGUGGAACUAUGGGAACUAGAUGAGGGUGAGACACUCAUCGUCAGCAAGUUCUGCAAAUAUGAGCAUGAUGACAUAGUGACCAGCGUUAGUGUCCUGCUCUCCGGCACACAGGCCGUCAGUGGCAGCAAAGACUUCUGCAUAAAAAUUUGGGACCUCGCUGAAGAGAAAUUGCUGAACUCCUAUAGAGCUCACUCUGGUCAAGUCUCCUGUGUUGCUGCUUCUCAUUAUAAGGAGUCUGUGUUCCUGUCAUGCAGUGAGGACAAUAGAAUUUUACUUUGGGAUAUCCGGUGCCCUAAGCCAGCUUCACACAUUGGCCAAAGUGCCUCCCAUCACCUUCCUACCUCCCUGGCCUGGCAUCCUCAGAAGGACAAAGUUUUCGCUUUUGGUGAUGAGAAUGGCACCGUCUACCUUGUGGACAUCAAGAAACUUAACUCCAUCCUCUGCUCGUCUGUGCACUCCCAGAGCGUCACGAGGCUGGUGUUCUCCCAAGACAGCGUUCCCCUCCUGGCAUCCCUCAGUGAAGACUGCUCUGUAGCUGUGCUGGACUCUGGCCUUUCGGAGGUGUUCAGAAGCCGAGCCCACAGGGACUUUGUGAGAGAUGCUACGUGGUCCCCCCAUAACCACUUCCUGCUCACUACGGUGGGCUGGGACCAUCAGGUCUUCCACCACACUGUGCCCACAGAGUCAGUUACACUUCCUGAUCCCAGCGGUGCCAGCAACUAGAUUGGAUUUGAGACAAAAAGGCAGAACUGCUAUAAAUCCAUAGCCACCUACCACUUGGUUUGUGAGAUGACAAGUCCUGUGUGUAGCAGGUUUGUUCUGUUAGAGCAGAGCCAUCGAGGCACCAAGCUUCUCUGCCUGGGGUCCUGUAGAGUCAUAAGGAGACAGCCAUUUAUUUUUUUAGAUUAUAUUUAAAUUUUUUAAAAAUGAUCAUCGGCACUGUCUGUUCCUACAUCUAGUUACCUCCUCUUCCUCCUCCUUCCUGAAAAGUACAUAAAGGAGUAGAGAAGUGUCCUUCAUUUCCCUCUGGUCCUGAGGAAUUUGCAAAAGUCCUGGGAAUAAACUGAGAUUUGGGCGUCCCUGUAUCCUAGGUAUGGUGUUCCUCGUGUGCCCUUUGGGGGCUUUGGUUCUAUGACUAUAGAUCUGAGAUAGAAAUAGGAAACUCUUUAAAACCCUCUCCCAGCUUGGCUAACACUAGGACAACCUCUUGCCUUGGUCAUGUGAGGGAGUUUCUUUAUUAGGCAUCUUUGGCUGAAUAGGAAGGAAAAAGACCUAGGUCGUUGGGACCCUCUUUCCCAAGUGCAAUCAUAGCACUCAGGGAGAUUGCUUGCCAUCCUUCUUGCCCUAAUCACAAGACUAGUUCCAACAUUUGUUUUUUUUGGCUGGGUGCCAGAGGGGAUGGUGGGACUUGGUAUGGGGGCAUCUGAAUGGAUUUGAGGGGAGAAUGGAAGGAAGGGACAAGACAGAAAACUGACAGACUGGGGUGGGGGGGGGUUGGGAUCUGCUCCUCUGGUACCAAACUGCCCUGACCACCACCUCCUGAGCCUUCUCAGCUUUCAGGAGUCAGGUUGCUGUGGUUAGCACCUCGUUAGGCAUAGAGAUCCCGUUGCCAAGAACCAUCCCAAUGGAGAAUCUGAGAUGACUUGGUGAAAUAAAAUUCUCUGUUCCAGGUUC